ACUUUCUCGUCUCUCACUUUCUGUCUCUCCUCCAAACCCUAGCCGCUUUCAAUCAAUUGACAGCUCUAUCCAUGAAUACAGAGAGUGAAGAUCCUACAACAGACCACUUCCAUUCCGACCAUCUCGAUGCCUCCCUGCCAACAGAAAUCAUUAUAGAAAUCCUAAUCAAACUACCCGUCAAAUUCCUCCUAAAAUUCAUGUGUGUUUGCAGAUCCUGGCGUGCUUUGAUCUCUGAUCCCAUAUUUGUCAAGAAGCAUUUAAAAGCUUCCACCAAAAACGAAGAUUAUGCACAUCAUAAAAUCAUUAUAAAUUCCCGUUCUUCUGCUUAUCUAGAACGGUGUUCUCUAGAAUGGUGUUCUCUCUCGUCUGUUCUGCAUGAAGAAUCUCAUAUUGAUACGCAUGUCCUCGAUUAUCCAUUGAAGAACCCAAAGCUCUGGGUUGGCUUAGUUGGUUCCUUGAAUGGGUUAGUUUGUAUUGUUAUAGAAAACUCUGUUGUAUUUUUAUGGAACCCAUCUACAAAGAUAUCAAAGAGGCUUCCUCAUUCUGGCAUUAUACAACGUCCAAGUCAAGAUGUAAGUUAUGGGUUUGGCUAUGAUGAAGGUAGUUCCGAGUAUAAGGUGGUUGUUAUUUACACUGAAUUAAAAGUUCCUGAAUAUUCAUUUGAAACUGAAGUUAAGAUUUAUGGGUUAAAGAGUGAUUCAUGGAAGACAGUUGAGGAUUACCCUAAUUGCACUACUAUUACUUCUAUGGGUGUGUUUGUUAGUGGGUCACUUCACUGGGAUUCAGAUAUGAAUAUGGGGUUUAAUAAAUAUUAGAGUAUCAUCUCUUUAGAUUUAUCGAAAGAAACCUAUUCUGAA